AUGGAACAACUAAAAUCGCUCGAACCAAAUCCUCAAAAUCUCUUGACCCUGCCACCUGAGAUUCAAGCCAAAAUCUUUUCACACCUUGCUGCCUCCUUCGGCAGGUCCAGUAUUCAACCGGUCCUGAGAACCUGCAAGACGCUCUAUGAGGUGGCACUUCCUAUUUCCGUGAGCUUGUUUCGAAACACAGUGCAGAAUUCCGAAGGCCAGGGACCGUGUUCUCGGAUUCGCAACGCGCAGUUUUUACGCUACAUUCUUGUUUCCAAGCCUUGGCUAGCCAAGCAUGUCAACACCGUCAUUUUUGGUCGGAUUUCAAAUGGGAAUGACGAGGAAAGAAGAGCGUAUACGACAGACGGGAAACCGGACCCAAGUAUGGCUACCGAUGAAGAGCUGGUUGUCUAUAGUCAGCAUAUUGAGCUGAUCUUAGGGCAGUUACCAUCUGAUUAUACCAAGGGAUGGUAUAAUCACUGGGUAAUAGACCUUAAGAGGGGCACCUCCGAUGCCCAGAUAAGCUUGAUUUUGCUGGCUUGCCCGAAUAUCCGAACAAUCCUGUUUGAAAUGUCUCAACACAAAAGUCAUUUUCCCCGUCUGCUAAACCUAGUACGGAACCUGGUUGAAAUAAAUAUCUCCAUCCAUACGCCUGGGUCUGAAUGGGGCGACGGCAAUCAUCCGGAUAUGGUUAUCCCGCUCUCAAAUGUCCAAGACGUUUUUCAUGAAACCGUUGAUUACAGUAACGGCUACUCAGAGUUUGAGAUGGAUGGUCCAGACCUCUUUGCGCUUCCCCGCCUUCGGUUCUACGAAUGCAUUCUAGCUCGCGGGAAUGACACUGCGGCGAGGAGAUUUGGAGAUCUGCUGCCUAGGAGCUCUUCGGUUGAAGAAAUUACUCUACACUGCUCUGCCUCCACGCCAGGUGCGCUCAAGAAAAUGAUGCUUUCCUGUAAAGCACUCAAGAAAUUUGAAUUUACACAUCAUGGCUAUUUUAUGUCUGGCCUGAUGAUGCCCCGAGAUAUUUUGGAUGCCAUCUUACCACACGCUGAGACACUUGAGGAUCUCUACAUUAAUAUGGAAGAGGAUUGGGAUAAAGGGUGGAAUUGGCAUGAUUGCCCUGGGAGAUUAUAUAUGGGAACAGAACUUCGCGAAAUGCGUGUACUAAAGAAGCUUACAGUGGGCAUGCAAGCCCUAACAGGUAUGCUUGGUGCAAAGCCCGAGAAUCAUACCUCAGUGGCUCACCAAAUGCCACUACAGGUUGAGGGAGCUCCCCAGCUUGUUGAUUGCCUUCCUGAGAAUCUAGAGUAUCUCAAAGUCCGCGCAUGCGGUCUAGGAAUAGUGAAUCAGGUGGCAGAUCUAAUCAGUGCUGUCGAAAAGGGCAGCCGCUUCAAAAAGCUAACAUACAUAGGCUUGCUAUUUAAUGGAUGGGCCACAGAAAAAGGGGUUGACAAGAGUCAGGUCCGUUUGAUCUGCAACGCACCUGGUUUGCACUUGGAUGUUGGAUUCCAAGACAAUGUACAAGCAAUUUACGAUCUGGGACGAGAUAUUGGAGAGGGAGAGGGGGGACAACCCCGUACCUGUAACUUGACCUCUCGGAUACACGCCCAGGAUUCUCGCCAGCAUUACUUCGAAACGCGAGGGAGCUCCGAGAUUCCAUGGUACCUGAAGAAUACCGACUCAUUUCAGGGAUAA